AUGACCACUGGGCAGCAGCACCAAGAGGUUGUAGUUGAAAGUACAAAUGGGCAGCAGCAACAUGCUAAUGAAGAUGGAGUUGGGCAGCAGCAGCAGGAGGAAUUGACAUCAACUCUGGGUAUCCUCCAAGAGACGACGAUUGUUGAGAACGCUGCUUCCAAGGGAGCACUGUGCCUAGAUGGGACUCCACCAGCUUACCACCUUUCAGAAGGUUUUGGACCUGGAAAAGGCAAUUGGAUGAAUAACACUACUAUUCAAAGAUUCGAAUGCAUACUCCACAAUAGCUCCAAAUUCAAUCCGGACUUUCGCAGCUGGACUAAAGUGAUGGUUAGAUAUUGUGAUGGAUCAUCGCUCACAGGAGAUGUGGAUCCAACCAUUGGCCUUCAUUUUAGAGGUAAAAGGGUGUUCGAUGCCAUAGUUGACGACCUUCUAUUCUCCAAAGGAAUGAAGGACGCUAAGGAAGUUUUAUUCACUAGUGGUUUUGCGGGUGAAUUAGCGGUUAUAAUAUAUUAUGAUCGUUUUGCUAAUCACUUCCCAAAUACUACCAACGUAAAGUGUCUAUCCGAUGGCGGGUUUUUUCUCCUCUCCAACAAUCCUUUGCAAGCUUGA